UUAAACCUCAGGAGAAGAAGAUUAGUUUCACCGCGCUCUCUGUUGUGUUGUCACGUUGUUUCUGUAAAUAGAAAACACAGUUUUUGAGUCAGGUCAGUAAAUACCUGUAAUAUUCUCAUCCUCACAGUCGAGACUAAGUGUUGAAUCAAGCAGGAAUAUCUGGAAAAGUAUCAUCUGAACUGAGAUCUGCUGCUGUGAAGAUGGAGUUUGUUAAAGAGGAGAGUGAAGAGAACACGAGAGAACCAGAAACCUGGAGAAUAAAACACGAGGAAACAGAAACCCGGAGAAUAAAACACGAGGAGCCAGAAACACAGAUAAUAAAACAUGAAGAACCAGAAACCCGGAAAAUAAAACAUGAAGAACAAGGAGAGUAUAUUGAAGAAAAUGUGGAGAAAGAAUUGGAAGUUGAGGAGAGGAAUCAUAUUAAAACUGGAGAAAACCCGUCAACUUGCUCUCAAAGAAACAAAUUGUCAAGAAAAAAUGGUCUUGAUGUUCACAUGAAAUUGCACACUUGUGAUCAGUGCGGGAAGAAUUACACACGAAAAGAUCGCCUUAGAGCACACAUGAGGGUUCACACUGGAGAGAAACCGUUUAAUUGUGAUCAGUGCGGGAAGAGUUUCACACGAAAAGAACUACUUACAGCACACAUGAGAGUUCAUACUGGAGAGAAACCGUUUAAUUGUGAUCAGUGCGGGAAGAGUUUUUCACUAAAAGGACUACUUACAGCACACAUGAGAGUUCAUACUGGAGAGAAACCGUUCACUUGUGAUCAGUGCGGGAAGAGUUUCUCACAAUUAUCACAUCUUUAUGCACACACAAAUGUUCACACUAGAGAGAAACUGUAUGCAUGUGAUCAAUGUGACAAAAUGUUUUUGAGGGCUUCACACCUGAAGCAGCACCUGAGAGUUCAUACAAAAGAGAAACCACAUUCAUGUCAUUUGUGUGGAAAGAGUUUUUCACGUCUACAACAUUUGAAAGGGCAUCAGAAAAUACAUACUGGUGUGAGAGAGUACAUGUGCUUUCAGUGUGAAAAGACUUUUACUACAGCGACCAAUUUAAAACUGCAUGAGAGUAUCCACACUGGAGAGAAACCUUAUAAGUGUUCACACUGUGACCAAGGCUUCACUUAUUCAUCAAAUCUGAUAACACAUGAGAGGAUCCACACUGGAGAGAAACCUUACAAGUGUUCAUACUGUGAACAGAGAUUCAGUCAGUCAGGAGCUCUGAAAACACAUGAGAGGAUCCACACUGGAGAGAAACCCUACAAGUGUUCACAUUGUGACAAGAGAUUCAGGGAUUCAUCAAGUCUGAUAACACAUGAGAGGAUCCACACUGGAGAGAAACCCUACAAGUGUUCACAUUGUGACAAGAGAUUCAGGGAUUCAUCAAGUCUGAUAACACAUGAGAGGAUCCACACUGGAGAGAAACCCUACAAGUGUUCACAUUGUGACAAGAGAUUCAGGGAUUCAUCAAGUCUGAAAACACAUGAGAGGAUUCACACUGGAGAGAAACCGUAUCACUGCACUGAAUGUGGGAAGUGUUUCAGUAAUACAUCUUCUCUACACAAACAUACAAAAAACAAUCACAGCAAGUAGGUCAUCUUCAGAUUUGAUGCUGCCUCCCAGUACCGCCACUCCCUAUACGCAGAGUACGCAGAGAGAAACUCCCUUUCUGAUAUUGCUCCACUAUUUUUCACCGUAGCAUUGGGGGAAUUGGUGAUCCUCUACCCAUCUUGACCUCUGAGAGACACUGCCAUUCUGAGAGGCUCUUUUUAUACACAAUCAUGUUGCAAUUGACCUAAGUUGCAAAUUGGUCAUCCAGCCGUUCCUUAUAUGUACAUUUAACUUCUCCUGCCUCUUAUUGCUACCUGUACCAACUUUUUUGGAAUGUGUAGCUCUCAUGAAAUCCAAAAUGAGCAAUAGUUGGCAUGACAUUUCAAAAUCUCUCACUUUCAACAUUUGAUAUGUUAUCUAUAUUCUAUUGUGAAUCAAAUAUAAGCUUAUGAGAUUUGUAAAUUCUUCAUUCCUUUUUUACUCACAAUUUGUCAGGUUUGUAGAUGCAGGAUAUACUGUCAUGUUGAUUUGUAAUUGAUCUGUUUUGCUUCUCUUGUAAAAAAGGAUCUAAAUGGAUUAAAUGGGCCUUCUUUCAGUAAAGUAAAAAAAGGAAUACUGUUAAAGAACCAGCCUGAUGUGCAGUAUCAUAAGAAUAGUAAUACCGUUUAAACCUUAUUAACGCUAGAACCGCCAUGGGGUCAAUCUUACCCUUUGCUGUUUUUCAAAUGUACUGAAAGGAAUUAAAUUAUUUCCUUACAAAAUUAACUCCCCAAGCCAAAACUCAGGAGCUCACAGAAAACAGAUACCAUUCUGCCAUGCAAUAAAACAAUAAAACUGAUCUGGAAAAGAGAUCUUCAAGGAGUGCAAACAACA